CUCGAGGGUUUGUAUAAUCCUAUUAUAGAAACGAAAUCAGCUUUGUUUCACGCUUUCGCCUCCUCUACCGAGCAACCCUUCUUCCUCAUCCAUGGCUGCCUCAACAUCAACCACCUCAUCAUCCUCCGAUCUAUCUUCUUCCUCGGAUCGGGACCGUCGUUCCCGCCGCCGUAAAGAUAAAAACCUCGAUAAACACAAAAAGAACUCUCUUAAGAUUAGCAAGAAAAGCCGUCCGCAUACGAAACGUCGUCGUAGGCGUAGUCCCUCGUCUUCGUCAUCCGAGGACUACAGUUCAUCUAGCAGUGAAGAUGGACCAUCCAAUCGCUCAAGCAAACAUAAAGAUGAACAUAGACACAAAAAGCCAAAAGAUAAAGACAAAGGGAAGGCUAGGCAUCACCACAAACGCGAGAAACAUAAAGUGAAGGAGAACCAGCAGGAUGGUAGUAGCAGCCCUGUUCAACUCUCUAAGUUUCUGGGUCGUGACAAAGAUGAUGGUGUACGCCGUAGUGCAGUUUCUGGCAAAAAGAUUUUGUUAAAACUGGACAAGACAAAAGAGGAUAAGAAGGCAGAAAAUAAUCGGAACCAGCUGUUGAAAUUCUUGAACGCCAGUUAUGACUGAUGAUGUGGUGACUAGUGAAUGUGGAUGUGGUCUACUCCUUUAUCUAUGAAACAUUUUGUUCCUUCAUUUGGCUUAAUUGUGGGUAUUUAUCACAAGUUUUUGGUAGUUUGAUUUGGUGAUAUGAGUGAUCAUUUGAUAUGGUUUGAUUAACAUAUUAAUGAUCUUGUACUGUUUUUUGUGUGUAUUGGAUUGUAUGCAUCCGACUGGAACUACAACUAGAACUACUAGUACAAGUAAUUUAUAUUUAUAUACUAUAUUAAUAGACAUGGUCAUUAGGUA